CGUCGUAAAGUCCUUGACUUGAAAAACUAUAUAAAGUGAAACCGUCAACUCGCAGGACUUGAUAUUCAUUCAUUUUUAUAAAAUCCAAGAUGCAGACGCAAACAUUAGCUCUUUUCUUAGCAAUAUGCGUCUCUUGUAUUGCUGCUCAGCCAGCUGAUUUCUCUCAGAUGAAAACAUGUAAACGAGAGUCAAGUGAUUAUUCAUCAUGCAUGAGAUUAGCGUUUCAAGAAAAUUGGCCAACUAUUGUACGAGGAAUUCCAGUGAUUGAUUUACCGCAAUUAGAUCCGUUUAAUCUUGAUGUCAUGUCCACUGAUUACGAAUUCGGUGAAGUAACUGGUAAAAUAGUUGUGCGUAAUGUUAAAGCCUAUGGCUUAGCUAAAACUCGUUUCUUAGCAAUAAGAUCAAACUAUGAAGAUAAUCGUUACCAUCUUGAAAUCGAUUUGGAAAUCCCGAAAACAUUUGUAGAAGGAGAUUUCAAAUCAGAUGGUACUAUUGGGUCUUUUAAUGUUCUGGGAAAAGGUGAAUUUAAUGUAAGUAUGGAAGAUGUCUCAGGAACAAUGACUUUAGAAGGAGAAAUUAUUAAUGACAGAUGGGUACUUGAUAAAUUCAAUUUUAUGCCUGAAGUUGGAAAUAUGAAAGUUUGGGCAAGUGAUUUGUUUAACGGUAACAAAGAACUCACCAAAGCAGCACUUAGUUUUGCAAAUCAAUACUGGCAAAUUCUUUACCGUGGAAUGCUACCUCAUGCUGCUAAAUCUUGGAAUGCUUACAUGAUAAAUUUGUGCAACCGUAUUUUAUCAAACCUUUCAUUUUCAAAAUUAUUCCCUUGAAUUAUUUUUUAUUAAAUUUUUUUAAAAUUGGGAGAAAAAAAAUUAAUAGUAAUUUCUUAAACACUUAAAAAUUUCACAAUUAUAAUUUUUUUUUAAAUGCAUUAUAUUUAGUGGUUGUUUGUUGCGCUGGCGGAAGAAAUGAAAAAAUAAUGUCAAGGAUAAAUUUUAAGAAGAACGAACUUUUUUUGUUGUUACAAUGUUGUUAACGCUGUUCUAAGAUUUAGAAAGUGUCCAUUAUUAAGUUUUAGUUUUUAUUACAAUGAUUUAAUAUUGUGAAUGGAAAGUUCCACUCACUUUGCUAAUCAUUUAUUACUAUUGCUAAAAUAGCUGUGUAUAUAUUCAAACAAAUAA